UUAGUUUUAUAAAUGUAUGAAAAUUUUGAGCAAUAAUCAUUACUAAUAAUCAAAUUAUAAAUAAUAUAAUGUAAUUAAUGUCUAUUAAAAUUAUAAUAAGUAUCUAAAAUGGCAGCUUUAAUGAAAAAACGAGUCCUUGCAGAAUUCAAUCAAAGCCAAGUUGUAACCGGAGAGCCUCCAAUAAAACGUCUCCGAACACUGCGAUUACAAUCAACAAGCAGCACAAAAAAUGGCUCUGACGGUUGUUCAGCUCUGGCUUACGUAGAGUGCUUAGAAAAAUGCAAAGGUGGAAAUGACGCGUUGCAAUUACUUGUCCGAAUAUCCGACACUUUAUCCCGGAUGUCAUCCGAAGACGUACCUCUAACAGUCACUAAAUUAAUAGAGCGCUUCGGAAUAGAAACAGAAGCGGCAGUGAGAGCAAAAAUUCUCUGGGUGCUAGCAGAGCUCGGAGAAGUGACAACUCAGUCCUCGGAAAAGGUACGAAUAAUCGAAGAAACUUCUCGUUUGUUAAAAAACGAAGAGUCACAUCGCGUGAUAAGUCAAGGCUUGUCCACAUUACUAAAACUUGGAGAUUAUCACCGACUAGGAGUGUUGAAAAUCGCCCGAGAACAUUUAUCAGACACGUGGCAUGGAGUACAGACGCGCUGCUUGUCAAUAAUCGGACGUUAUCUAUCACUAAACUCAAAUGACGACACCUUGGUGCUAGUAAGUCACUACGCAAGGUCCCAGGAUCCAAGAGUGCGAGCAGCAGCGUUUGAAACAAUGGCUGAGCUUCAUUCCGAGCGUGGCUGUCGUCUAACUCCUAAUUUUUUCACAGAAGCCUGCAGUGCGCUGCGUGAUGAUUAUGAGAUAGUAAGAAGAGCUGUUCUUAAGCUGAUCUGGAUGCUUGGUGUGGAAUAUCCAGAAGAAAUAAUCGUUGGCACUGACGGUGAAGACACGCGCAUGAUAGACAGCGCGUUUUCCAAACUCUGUGGUCUGAUUGGUGAUUUAUCACCGCGAGUCCGUGCCACGGCGAUGAGCCUGAUGGGAGCGAUGAAAAACGUGUCCAGCAGAUACAUCGAGCAGGCUCUGGAUAAAAAGCAGAUGCGCGUUGAAGACGAGGGCUCUGAAAUAGAGGAGCGCAGUGCUUCCUGCGGAGCUUUUAUCCACGGACUUGAAGAUGAAUUUCUAGAAGUUCGUACUGCAGCUGUAGAGUCACUCUGUACUUUAUCUCUAGAGCGGCCAGCUAUCGCGCGAAUCGCUUUGGACUUCAUGGUCGACAUGUUCAACGACGAGAUCCAGGAUGUUAGAAUAAAAGCGAUUGAGUCGCUAAGAAAAAUGUCUACGAGUGUCACGCUUCAGGAAGAUCAGCUGGAAACUAUUUUAUGCGCGCUGGAAGACUUUUCUGAUGAAGUCAGAGAAGGUUUGCAUGCGACCCUAGCUGCCAGCCGUCUUGCUACCAGGAACUGCCUUCAUAUGUGCGUCAAUAGGUUGAUUGAUAACUUAACGAGGUACCCGCAGGACAAGGACAGCAUCAGAAGUUGUCUGGCAGCUUUGGGAGCUUCUCAUCCAUAUUUGACUUUGCCAUUGGUACCGCAAUUGUUAGGAAGACACCCAUUUUUUGACACACCGGAGCCGGAUGUGGAUGACCCCUCGUAUGCGAGUGUCCUGGUACUGAUAUUUAAUGCGGCUUUGCACUGUCCGAGCAUGCACGCGCUUUUUUCGGAGCACGCUGCGAAGCAUUAUCACUACUUGAGAGACACUAUGCCGCAUUUGGUGCCACGUUUGAGACCAGCGUUGACUCGAGCGCCUGGUAUUGAUGUGAAUGAUGAGAAAGAUGAGAAGAGCAGUGAUAAAAGAGGCCAGGAGUUCUUGGAAAGAAUGGUCGCUGGAGUUGAAAACGCGAGACCUGGUGGUAAAGUUUAUGUACAACUACUGGAAGCUGCUGCGGUUGAUCUUGAUAGACUCGCGGAAAUGGAUAGGAAGAUGGAAGGUGCAGCUCAUUUUACUGCGCUUUAUGUCAGGUGUCUUUUGUUACUGCGGUCUGUGGUUAAAGAGAUAACUGAAUCACAAACAGAGGCGACGCCAAUAAGCACACUGCCUUCGACUAAUAGUAAUAUUUUGUUGUUGUUGAAAAAUGUUCAGCAGCUUCAGCAUUUGUUUGUAGGACUAGAAGAAAAUGAAAUAACUCUCGCUACCGACGUUUGGUUGAAAGCUUUGGCUGUCGAGUUGAUAAGAAUUACUAAGAGCGCAACAGGUAGCGCGUUGCCUCUGGCAAGACAAUUUUUAUCUGAAGCUGAUUCGUUGCCACAAGAUACGUCAAAGCUGCCUCCAUUUUCACGAGCGUUAGUAAUGGAAAUCCCUUCUAUGGCAGACGCUAAACCUGGAUCUCUGUCGAGAUUAUUAUUACCUCUUUUGACAACGUUGCCAGCUCGUGGAGAAGAACGAUUGCCCAGGCCGUCAGUAUCUACUAAAUUAUGUCGAGCAAUUAUUGAGGAACCAAGAGGAGACGCCGAUGCUGCUUUAAAAUUCACAGGAGGACUUAUUCUAGGUAUCCCGCUUACGGCUAAAAUAUUAAACCUACGAGACCCAAGUACUAUCAGAAUAAAACUGCGACAUCCGGAUCAACAAGUACAAUUAUUGCUGCCUAAAAAAGCGGAUCUGAGACCACAAAAUAGCGAAGGUACGGAUUACAGAUUGAAGACAACUGUUUUAUUGUCUCACCAGGUCUGGAUGGAAGCUUGCAAUGUUGAAGUCUCUAUAGCUCUUCUUGUGUCAUCUUCAAAUACUUCAACAUACUCACCGAAUGAUGAUCCAUAUAUUUUGGAACUGUGUAAACCAACUAAGGUGUCAAUUGCGCCUAAACCUAUCAAAAGAGCUAUAUAAAAUAAUUCUGUAUUGUUUUAAUUCAAACUUAUAUAAUAAAAUAUAUAGUAAUUAAUUUUAAUGU